AUGAAUCAAAUCAUCACUCUAUUCGCUCUUGCGACGUUCGCCGGAAUUGUUUCCGCCGGGCACUUAGGACACUACGACGAGGAUCACGGCAGCUCCACCUACGAGGAAAAAACCAAGCCGGUGGAAAUUCCAAUUUACAAAAAAUACGCGAUACCGAUUCCUCAUCCUGUACCCGUUCAGAUCCCCCAGAAAAUAGAGAUCCCGAUCCCUCAGCCACAGAGUGUCCCCAUCGAAAUUCCCCACCCCUAUCCGGUCGAAGUUGUCAAGCAAGUCGAGAUCCCUAUUGAGAAGCCAGAACCCGUAAUAGUGGAGAAGCACGUGCCUUUUGUGGUGGAGAAGCCGUAUCCAGUGUACGUCGAGAAAAAAUUCCCCAUUCCAGUCGCCAAGCCGUAUCCAGUUCAUGUGCCAGUCUACAAGCACGUAUUCCAUUACACUUCAAAGGGCAAAGGAUGGCACUAA